CACAAAUCUGUCAUCUUUUGUACAGUAUGGUUUUAAUGCUGUACGGUUAGUUAAAUCAGCGACUGAAGUCAGCCUUUCGUACCUUUUCUCGAAUGUUUCAACACUACGAUUGUGCUUGUUUUCGCCAGAUCACGCGCAUGCGCAUACGUUCAGCACUGUCGGGCAACCUGGGUGAUGGAAGCGAAGCUCGACCGCAUAAACAGGAGAACGGCGGACGGGAAACCAGCAUCCAGAAGAAUCUCAAAGAGUUUUUUUUAGCUGCAGUUUAGGGUCUGUUGUGAAUGAUGGAAUUUAAGAGGGAAGACCAUAUGCAUGAGUUUGAUGAAAAGCAAUCCUCGAGGCAAUUUAAUCAACAAGACCUCCAAGAUAUGCAGGUUAAAGAUGAGCCAGAGUUGCUUGACUUUCAAAGUGUAGUAAUAGAAGCAUCAAAGCUGCUGGAGACCUGUUCUGAUUCACAGAAGCCCAAAAAAUCUUCUGACAAGAAAUUAUUCCAAUGUAAGGAAUGUGGAAAGUGUAUCACAUCCAAUUAUAGCUUAAAGGAACAUUUGCGGAUUCAUUCUGGCGAGAAGCCUUUGAAAUGUUAUGAAUGUGGCAAGUGUUUUUCACAUAACAGUUCAUUGGUGGAGCAUCUUCGAGUUCAUUCUGGAGAAAAACCAUAUAAAUGUGAUAUAUGUGGCAGAAAAUUUUCACUCUCCAGUAACCGUGAUAAACACUUUCGGCUUCAUACUAAUGAGAAACCCUUUAGAUGUGAUCAUUGUGGCAAAUGCUUCACACAUUCUGGGAACUUGAAGGAGCAUAUAAGACGUCAUUCUGGUGAAAAACCUUACAAGUGUGAUGAAUGUGGUAAAAGCUUUGCUUUUUCUAAUAGCUUGUCAAGGCAUCUUAAGGUUCAUUCUGGUGAAAAGCCACAUAAAUGCAGUGAGUGUGGCAAGUGCUUUGCACGUAACUAUAACUUAAAAGAGCAUCUGAGGGUCCAUUCAGGUGAAAAACCAUUUGAAUGUGAUAAAUGUGGCAAGACAUUUUCACGUUCUAGUGAUAUAAGUAAGCAUCAGUGCAAUGAUUUGGCUGAGUAAGCAUUUUGAUUUAGGUGUUUAGUUACUAUUAAUCAUUAUACUAUAGAAACAAAUACACUCAACCAUGAUUCCUGUGAUCUGGUUUGUUGGCUACUCUCUAUUUAUCCAGUAAGAGUAAACUAUGAUUGAACACUUGU